AUGCACCAAACCGUGCAAUUUCAAACAACAACCGACUUCUACGUCAUGCCAGAAGGCGGGAAACGCCAUUCCCAACAGCGCAUGAAGACGGCGUCUACUGUUGGGAUAGGAAAUGCCAGCCGUCUAUUCUACGAAAGUAGAAACUCUCAUCAGAAGGGAGAGAACAGCGACAAGCUGACAUCAAAGCGACACGGACAGUUUCGAGCACGCACACAUCGAGAGGAUUCACACAACAGGCAAUAUCACGUAUCAGUGAACAUUCUUUCACCCUCUCCUUCUCUCAUCUCGCUCGCUACACAUAGUCCUACCUUUCCCUCUCACAUUCCCAGUUCCUUUCUUUUCUUUUUCUUCCUCAGCUUUACGGACAAUUUCAUUUCUGCAUUAUUUGAUGCGAAGCGAAUCACCUCCCAGAGAACCCGGUAUUGUUACUUAGUGGAAAAACUGCCAGCAGACAUCGUCGAGGAAGUAAUGGAUUUACUGGAAAAUGUCCCGGAUGACAACCCGUACGAUAGACUCAAGGAAGCAAUUUUAAAACGGACCGGUGCCUCGAACGAAGCCAUGCUACGCAACCUUUUCACUCAGGUUGAAUUAGGAGACCGCACCCCAUCGCAGUUAUUGAGGCACAUGCGAACCUUACUGGGUGACAACAAAAUGUCCGAGAACAUUAUGCGGAGCUUAUGGCUGGACAAGUUACCCACUACAACAACACAAAUCCUCGCAUCCAUGACGGAGGAAACGCAGACAGAAAAACUCGCGGACAUUGCAGAUCGUAUCCAUGAAAGUUUUCAAAGCCGCAGGGUAAACUCUAUCCAUCCACAACCAGCCCAACAAAGAGACAGGGAAUUUAACGACCUCAAGUCUACUGUAGAAAGGUUGUCUAUACAAUUACAAGUCUUACUGCAAAAAGACCGACAGUACCGCCGCGAUAAAUGUCCAGGCUACAGAAAGCGAAGUUUCAGCAGAGGCCGGACUGACAACCGCAAUCGAAAAGAUGAAAUUUGUUACUACCACAAAAGGUUUGGUCCUGAGGCGAGACGUUGUACACAUCCUUGUUCUUUCAACAACGCGAAUUCGGGAAACGAAAAUUCCAGCCAGUAG